UAGGAACUGGUUUGAGUGAAUUGCUGCUAAAGCCAAAGUUUGGGGACAUUCACUGAUAAGAAUUUUCUUCCAGAUGAGGUACCUGAAGGCUGCAGGCACCCAUAGUACUACAAGAGCUGGAACAGAUAAGUGGAAAGGAAUAAACUCCAGAAGGUAAAUUAUGUCUCAGAAUACAAGGAUUAUAUCACUAAAUUUGCUUUCUGUAGUAUCUUAAUCAUAGAGAGAGAUACAGAGCAGAAAUUGUUUCUUCAGCACACCAAUGGUGCAUCAAACACCCAUUUUCACACUGCCCUAGCCCAUUUUAUUCUCCCCUGAAUUCCCAUCAAUUUAUGAACCUACUUACAUAGGUAAGAUUUCCACCAACAGGUAAGACUACUCAUAAGAAAAGGGGCAAAGUGAAGCGUGCUUCCCGUCAGGUCUGUUAGUCCACUUAAUAUCAGCUCCACUUUCCAGCAUCCAGCAUCAGCUUGGUAUAUCAUUAUUCCCCUUGGUAUCUAUAUCAACUAAUCUGUGUCUUGAACACAACGAUUGCGGAUCCCUUUGAUUUCCUAAGGUUCACAACCCAAUGCUAGAUGAAAUUUCUCUUCAACUCAUUCCUGAAUGUCCAACAAUUUAUUUGAAGACUGUGACCCCUGGUUCCAGACUCCCCAAACAAGGGAAGCAUUCUGCCAGCAUCUACCCUGCUAAACACUUCAAGAAUUAUAAUUUCAAUGAAAUCAUCUCUCAUUCUUCUAAACUGUAUGUAUUGUCAGCCUGGUCACUUAAUUUAUCCUCAUAGGGCAAGUUCAUCAUUCCAGGUGUAAGUCUAGGGAACCUACACUUGAACAAAGUCAAAACUGCACUCCAAUUGUGGUCUUACCAAGAGCUUAUAUAUUUGCAGUAAGAUUUUGAUCAACCAGUCCUUAUAAAGAUUUGUGACUUGGGAUGUUGCAUUUUGUUUGAAGCCUCUGUGCAGUUCCAAUGGAUGUUUUACUAUGUUAGAGGCACUGUAUAACAAUGUUAUUGUUAGUUCUAGUGGCUUUUACAGAAGACUAUCAAACAAGUACCUUUCAGAACUUGAUGAUAUUGCAGAUCUAGGUUUGCAUUCAAAUUUCUCCAUUUCAAUGUUGUUAAUUUUGUUGACCACUCCAUUAGAAACUUGGGUACUGAUCUUGGCUUUACUUUGAGAAUCGAUCCUAUAAAUAAUGCUCUGUCCUCUGUAUUUAGAAAUGUUUACCUUGGAAGAAAUCUCUUCAGUUAGUAGAUCUCCUCCAUCCUUCCGGAUCUUCAAACCAUGGUGGGAUGCCUUCAUGGAUUAUCUGGCUAUAACCAUGUUAAUGAUCGCUGUGUUUGGGGGCACCACACAGAUAUACAAGGAUAGGACUGUUUGUUUACCAAUUAAAGCCAAUUCCACUCAUACUACCCGGUCAUCUACUGAAGCUAACUUAAGCAGGGCAGAUGAACUUGUGGAUUUUAAUGUAACUGGUCUUCGUAGAACAAUAAUUAAUCAAAAAUCCAAAAAAAUCUCGCACGUCAACGCUGUCUUCGCCGUCGACAACACCAAAAUGAAUUUGGACUAUCAGCAAUAUCGCUAUGUCAACCAGGCAUGCUAUUUCCGUGCGGUUCCCUGGUUUCCCAAGCACUUCUCUUAUUUCAUACUGGUCCAUACCGUCGCAUUGAUGAUUUGUAGCAACUUCUGGUUCAAGUAUCCCAAAACAAGCUCCAAAAUAGAGCAUUUGAUCUUUAUCUUGGAGAAGUGCUUCGAUUCCCCCUGGACAACAGAUGUCCUCUCUCUGGCAGUCACGGAGAACAGCAGCAAAAUGAAUGUCAGGGCGCAAGAAAAGCGCAAAAGCACAUUGGCGGGCCAAGGUAUCAGCGAGUCCAUUAAAGGCUUAACGCGGACUCACCCAGUUAUAAAGAAACAGUUCCAGUUACUGGACAAGAAGGAUGGAGAACAAGCCAAAGCCCUGUUUGAGAAAGUGAGGAAGUUCAGGCUUCAUGUGGAGCAAGAGGACACCAUAUAUAAGCUCUACGUUGGACACUGGUUUUUAAAACCCUGCAGGCUUGUAAUUUUAUGUUAUUUUAUGGUAUUCAUUCAAGACGUCGACUUUGACAUUAUAUGUCGCCCCGGCGUAGAGAACGUGAUCGGUUAUGAGAUUUUUAUUUGUACAUUUAGCAUUGCCUUUCUGUUACGGAGGAUCAUCCUGCUCUACUUGAUUUUAGUAGCCAUCUACGCGGGGCUUUGCCUUCGCACCCUCAUCUGGAUCUUGAGAUCGCCCCUGAAGCAAUACUCUUUCGAAAAACGCGAAACCCAGUUCAGCGACAUUCCUAACGUAAAGAAUGAUUUUGCUUUCCUGUUACACCUGAUCGAUCAGUAUGAUCCCCUGUACUGCACGCGUUUCUGUAUCUUUCUUUCCGAGGCAAGUGAGAAAAAGUUGAAGAUGUUAAAUUUGAAUAACGACUGGACUGUGGACAAGGUGAGGCAACAGCUAAUCAGAAAUAACAAGGAGCAGUUGGAACUUCAACUCUUCAUGUUGACAGGAAUUCCUCAAGCGGUCUACGAUGUGACGGAGUUACAGGCCUUAAGGAUGGAACUCUGCAACGAUAUUAAGAUAAGCACCAAGGUAACUCAACUUGUCCACUUGGAAGAACUUUCGAUUGUAAACUGCAAAGUCACCGUUAAACCAGCCGCGUUAUUCUUUCUAGGCAACAACUUACAUUCGCUGGCAGUCACGUUUUCAGUUCACGAGGAGGUGCCUGACUGGAUUAAUAAACUGACCCGGGUCAGAGAGCUUUCCUUGAUUGGGAACGUCAACAUAGAAAAUAAAACAUUGGAAUUAGAAUUCUUAAAAGAACUUCGUUAUUUGAAAAUCCUACGGAUCAACAGUAACCUCAUGAAAAUACCCUUCAAUGUGUUGUACGUGGCGCCCCACCUGACAGGGCUGUCGAUUUUCAAUAACAAGAACAAGCUCGAAAUGCUCCACAAUUUGGGAGGCAUGUUCAAUUUAGCUUGUCUUGACCUGCAAAACUGUAACCUGGAGAAUAUACCGCAGGGCAUUUUUAGUCUCAGCAAUCUGCAAGAAUUGAACCUCCAGGGCAACGAACUUACCCGAGUAGAUGAGUUUGAAGCUUUCCAACGACUACCGAGACUGUCCUUCCUAAAUCUCAGUAACAACAAAAUUACUUCCCUUCCAGACUCCUUCAGUUUCAUUGGCAACCUUGAACGUUUUAAUGCAUCAGACAAUCAGAUUGAGACGUUGCCAAAUAGUCUAUUUACUAUUCAGAAGCUACAUCAUUUGCACAUGAGCAACAAUCGUCUGACUGCCAUACCCACAUCUAUUAAAUACCUCAAAAACCUUAGAUUUCUAGACUUGAGCUCCAAUAAGUUGGAAACUUUACCAGACGAGCUGUUCCAGUGUAAGAAGCUCAAGACUCUGAAGCUGAACAAUAAUUUACUUACCUUCCUUAGUGGAAGAUUCAACAUGUUCCUACUUUCAAAAUUGGAACUCAAAGGGAACCCUUUGGAAGAACUUCCGGUAGAAAUAGGUCAGUGUAGCAAACUGAAACAAAGUGGUCUGAUAAUAGAUGAAUUCUUAUCGGAGACACUUCCUAUGCCAAUCAAAGCAAAUUUGAUGUCUAACCAGGAGGCUCCGCCAGAUCUUCCAGCAACAAUAUCCUGGGCAAUCUUCCUCUGCCCUAAUUGCUGGAAUUGCAAGUGCAUCUCAGUGGCUACAGUGGUUAAAUUAUUGGACCAAGAAUCCAGAAGCCUAGAUCAACAAAGCAGCAACAUAGGUUCAAAUCCACCAUGGUAG